GGGCUCAAUUGUUUAUUUGAAAGGAAUUGGAAUGGAAAAUAAACAAUUUUAAUUGGAAAUAAUAUACCGAAAGUCAAUUCAAACUAAAGCCCCAUUCACACCAGUGCGUUAUAGCGAUAAUUUUAAUUUCGAUAGGUAGCUCAGUUCGGUGUAAAUAUGCUAUAAACCAUCAGAAAUCGAUAAAUUUACAUUCUAGACUGACUUUUGGCACCAAGAAAAAAGUCAUUUGGAAGCCAAUUCCGGUCCGAAUCAGUUUCAUUUUGCAACAAUCUUUCUAAGGAAUAUAAAUUCUCGAAAAUGGAAUCUCUUGCUCAGACCAUGUCCGUCGAGGCCAUUGCCGCGAUCAAGGCCAAGCGCCUGGCCAUGAAACGCCACGACAAGGAUGCCGCCGCAAACGCCAAGCGGCUGCAGCGGGAGAAGCAACGCCAGGUGGACGAGCACCAGGUGAAUGUGUGCAAGCGAGCAAUGGAGCGCGAGCGGCAGCACCGCCCCUUCGAGGACAAGCUUCUGGGCGAGAAGGAGCUGCCGGGCGUACUCCGUACGCUGGCGCUCGUCUACGACGUCCAUACGCGUCGCCUCCUGUCCAAGAAUUAUGCCGGACCUGCCGAAGCCUCGGAUCCGGAAGAAUUACCAGAGGUCCCAGUGGUGCCACCACAACGAAAUCCACCGGCCAAUGAUUUCUCGUCGAGAUAUAAUCGCUAUGACCAGGAGAAGUUCCUCAAGGGAAAGGAAGCCUUUGGCAUCAAUCCGCUGGGUACUAAUCUAACGAAGAAGAAAUUCGCUAAGGAACUAGGGAAGGUGUCUAGCAAGAUCGGCAAGGAGACAAGCAAGGCGAUCGCCAAGGGGACCGACAAAGAGAUCGCCAAAGGGACCAGCCAGGAGGCUACCGCAAAUGUGCCUUCAUCCAGCCACCGGCACAGCACUGGCGAGAAGGCCAGACGCCGCUCGACGAAUGAUCAUCGACCCAUCAUCGUGGUGCCGGCGGCCCUGACCAGCCUAAUCACCCUGCACAAUGUCAAGCAGCUGCUGCAGGAGAUGCGCUUCGUGUCGGUGGACCAGGUCCGCAAGUUGGGUUUUCAGUCCGCCGAAGAGGUCGUCUUGGAACGCCAUGUCCAGGGCCAACUCGUGCGCUACAGGGUGAUCGACAACGUGAAGCGACUGAAGGCUGAGGAGUGGCAGCGGGUGGCUGCCGUCUUCGCCUUGGGACCCCAGUGGCAGUUCAAGGGCUGGCCGCACAGCGGCGAUCCGGCUCCGAUUUUCCAUGAGGUGUGCGCCUUCCACUUGCACUUCAAGGACACGGCGCCGAGCAAGGAGCUGAGCAACCUGCCGGUGCACAUGCUUGCCCUGCCGCAGCACGAACGGCACUUGGACUGCGGCAUCCUGAAGGAGUUCUGGAAGAAGCUGGACCACCACAUCGCCGUGCGGGCCAAGCAGUUUGCGUUUAUGAAGCAGAAGUAGGGCCUUUUCCGCACAUAGAGAUAGAGAUAAGCGGGAAAAUCAAUAAAUGAAAUUGAAUAAGCCAGAACAAAGGACGAAGGACAAAGACACACGGCUCGGCGCAGCACGGCACACAUGGGGCGGUCCUUCGAUAAUAAAAAGUGAACGGGCGCAUCAGAAAAAUAUAUCACGUAUGUAUAAAAAUCAUAUAAAAACGCUGCGAAAACUGCAAACUUGGCAAGAAAAUUAAGAGCACAAACAAGUCGGAAAAUGGGGGAAAAGGAGGCGACUUGGCACGCGUGAGACAAAAGCUAAAUGACACACAAAGGAGCAGUUGUGUGUGUGUGUGUCUGUGGGUGUACUUAUGUAAGUCACUGUGCGUCCCACAAAACGUAAAACUGUCAACGAUGUUCAGAGUGAUGAGGCAACUGAAAAUGGGGUGGCAAUAAAGGCAGCUGCUGUUGGGGACUCGCUAAGGAGAGCGGUGAGCGCAAUAAAAAUCACUGGGAAAAUGGCAAUUUUUAUAUAUACACACAUACUCGUAUUUAAAUAAAAUGCGUGCCAAGGCUCCGAGUCAGUGAGCAUGUGUGGGUGUGGGCUUAAGAGGCAGGAUAUGAAGCAAUUGGCAGGCGAUAAAGGCUGUCAAAAGGAAAUGCACUAAGCGCUUUAACAGUGGACCGAAAAGGAGGGAAGUCGUGAAAAUGAAUCGAAAGUCUCUAAUAAUGCUAAGAAAAAGCUGUAAACUCUUCAAAGACUAUAAUGUUGUAAGAUACGUAGCGCCAUUUGAUUUUUCAUGCUCAAAUUUGUAUUGUAGCCUCUAAAAUUUUGUUAAGAGCCAAAGAGAGCGCUCCGGACCCAAUUGCUUUCUCAAGCAUUCUAGAUCUGUCUGUCUGCAAACGUCUAUUUUUCAACAGAAG